AUGGAGAAACAACAGCUAAUUCUGGAGCCCGUAAUCCUCUUCCUCCCGCAGGGAUGGGGCUUGUGCCAGUGGCAGGCCCCAGGGACAAGCCCCCGGCAGCUCCCGAGCCGUGCUGUGGGACGGAGCGACUCCCAGACCAUGGGUGAUGUGCAGCAGAGUGCUCUGCAGCGACCUGGCACCCCACAGGGCUCCCCCAGCACCCCGCAGCCCCAGGGGCUGCUCUCAGUCAUCCAGAGGCUGAAGGGCUCCCCAGAGCAGGAGCUCCGCAUCGUCCUGCUGGGGCUGGACAAUGCGGGGAAGACCACGCUGCUGAAACGCCUGGCGUCCGAGGAGGUCAGCACCAUCACACCCACCCAGGGCUUCAACAUCAAGAGCGUCCAUUCGCACGGCUUCAAGCUAAACGUCUGGGAUAUUGGGGGGCAGCGCUCCAUCCGCCCGUACUGGAGGAAGUAUCUGGGCAGCACAGACCUGCUGAUUUAUGUAAUUGACAGCGCAGACCAGAAGCGUUUCGAGGAGACAGGGCAGGAGCUGGCAGAGCUCACUGAGGAUGAGUCCCUCGUAGGGGUCCCAUUGCUGGUGUUUGCCAACAAGCAGGACCUAGUGACUGCGGCACCUGCAGCUGAGAUUGCAGAAGGGCUGAGCCUCCACACCUACCGGGACCGGGAAUGGCAGAUCCAGGCCUGCUCAGCCCUGUCUGGGGAAGGAGUGCAGGAUGGGAUGAACUGGAUUUCUAGCCAGAUCAUGAACAGGAAGAAGUGA